ACGCUGCGGUUGGCCAUCAUCCCAGCCGGAAAUGAUGUACGACGUGAUGUUGAUGAAACCUGAAACGUGUAAUCGUGUCAUCCUCGUCGCAAUACAUGCUUACGACGUGACCGUUUUUGUAAUUUACAGCUUUUUUUAGAAGAAUAUUCUCGGACCGAAAAUGAAUCCUUCCAGAAGAAGCGAAAGUGAUUGGCAGGGUCUGGUGAAUGAGUUCCUGGUAUGCAAGAGAAAGCUGGAGAGUAAGAAGGAGGCACUGCUGAUCUUAUCAAAAGAACUGGACACCUGCCAGCAGGAAAGGGAUCAGUUUAAACUGAUGGCAAACCAGCUCCGUGAACGCCACCAAGGGCUCAAGAAAAAGUACAGAGAGCUUAUAGAUGGCGACCCUUCUCUGCCUCCUGAAAAAAGAAACCAAGUCAAUCUGGCCCAGUUACUGAGAGACUCACGAGAACAGAACAAACAGCUGAGCGAGGAGAUGAAAGAACUGAAGCAACGUUUAGCGGAGGUGCAGGGCGAUAACAAGCUGCUGAGGAUGACCAUCGCAAAGCAGCGUCUAGGGGACGAAGAGGUGGGGACUCGUCACUUUCCAGCCCAUGAGAGAGAAGAUCUUGUUCAGCAGUUAGAAAGAGCUCGAGAGCAGAAUGAAGCACUGGAGCAAAGCUUAAAGGCUGCCACGGAUGAAUUACAGGACGUGAGAGCAGAGCGUAAUGUCUAUCAGGAGAAAGCUCACAGACUAAACCUGGAAAUUAACCACAUCUUGGGAAGCCACGAGAAUCGCAUUCUGGAUAUUGAUGCUCUGUGUAUGGAGAACAGAUAUCUGCAUGAGCGGCUGAUGCAGCUUCAGGAGGAGGUCACCCUCCUCAAAUCAAACGUCAUGAAGUACAAGAGUGCUUUGGAAAGCAAGAAGAACUGUAAAGUCUAUGGCAAGUCCAACAGCAGUGCUCUGACAGGAGUCCUCUCUGCUAAACAAGUACAAGAGCUGCUGCUGUCAGAGGAGAAUGGCUGCAGUCUCCCGGUCACUUCGCAGUCCAUCAGUGACCUGAAGUCCCUGGCCACUGCUCUGCUGGAGACCAUUCAUGAGAAGAACAUGGUCAUUCAGCAUCAACGGCAAACCAACAAGAUCCUGGGUAACCGGGUUGCAGAACUUGAAAGAAAGUUGAAAACAUUAGAGGUGUCUGGGUUGUGGAGUCUGCCAGGCAUCACCUACAAUGUGUCUCUCGGACUAGGGAGAAGGAAAGCCGUUAUUGUCCUGAGUGACUCUCAGCAUGUCCAGCCCACCACAGAACAGUCAGUCCAUCUGACACCAGAGUCAAUGGCAGGAGAUGAGGAGAUUGUUACUGGUGAAGAGGUGACAGAGGACACUGGACUCAGUACAGAUUUCAGCCCAGAUGAGUGUCAAGCCGUGGCAGUCGAGCUGAACCACGAGAGUGAUUAUUUCAACCGCACAUAUUCAGUCUCACAAACUCCACAAUUCAGUAAUCCAGCAGACAGUAUCCAGCCUGUGGAGAGCACACAGAGUAAAACCCUUGCUUGUUGUGACUCUGAGACGCCUGUGUGUCCUCCUGAGAGGGGAUCAGAACAGCAUAAUGAAGAUCUCUCGAGCCGUGGAUGUCAGUCUUUGAACACAGAAGCAUCUUUGAAAGGUUCGGAGGAAGAGGCUGAUGUGGAGAAUGAAGUUCCUGUUGUUCGUUCUGAGGAGGACUUUGAUAGUCAAGGUGCAUUAGAGGACAGUCGGCCUGUGGCAUCAGAGACCUUUAGCGGUUCUGACUGUAUUUCUGGAUCUGAGUCAAAUACACCGGAACAGCAAACAGAGCGAUCGGUCGAAGAAGAAACAGAGAAUGCUUCCCUAAACACAAGUUCUCCUGCUCAAACCUCAUCACACCAGGAAUGAACCUUCAUGAUGUUAAAAACUGAGAGAAAUUCAUAAAAACAACCUCCAUUCAUUUAAAGCCCCAUCAGUUCAAAUAAGUGUUCAGAUUCAGAACUGUAUGAAAAAGACUUGGGCAAAAGAAUAAAAACAAGAACAUUUGAAUGUCCAAAUGAAACCUGUUCAUUAUUCCAAUUAAAGGCACAAUAUGUCAUUUUCGCCGCUAGGGGGCGCGUAUUCAAAAUAAACAAAGAGA